AUGAAGGAUUGUCCAGAGAACACAGCAUUAGGAAAUUUCAUGUUCGAGAUGAACUUGAACCAAUUAAUUAUAACACCAACUAGAAUAACAGACACUAGUGAAUCGUUAAUUGACGUGAUAAUAACUUCAGCUUCCCAUCUUGUCAACGAAAGUGGUGUCAUGGAUACUCUUAUAAGUGAUUAUUUGCCGGUGUACACAGUUCUUAAUAUGAAGCUACCCAAGCCACCACUUCAAUAUAUCCUAACGCGAAGCUACAAAGACUAUGACGGAGAAAGGUUCACCGCCCACCUUGCAUCAAGAUUGUAAGAGCUUAUUUCCAUCUUUUCGGAUUCUAAUGUCAAUUCCAAACUUUACAAUUUUAACAACGUCCUUCUUACAACUUUGGCUGUCCAUGCUCCAGUCAGAUUAACUAAGAUCCAAAAUCGCUCUUGUCCCUUCAUCAGAACAGAUAUCUAAAUCCAAAUGUUCCACAGAGACCAACUCCACCGUCGUUACAAACGAACACGUGAUAUCGAUGAUUGGAGAGCAUUUAAAAACGCCCAAAGAUCAGUCAAAUCCACUCUAAAAACUGCUGAAAAACAACACGUUCGAACUGAAGUUAACCUCCAUAAAGAUAAUUCUAGAUCGUUGUGGAACGUGAUUAAUAGGUGCAUUCCAUCUAAAGAUAAAAUAAUUUUGACUUAUCACAGAAUUACAUUAUAUGUGGCCAACGAUUUCAACCACUUCUUUCAAUCUGUAGUAAAAAGAGCUGCCGAAACAGCUGAAAUGUUAGCCCUACAAAAUACUUUAAAUAUAUCAACUGAGUUAGAGCCUCUGAAUCGAAGAUCUGAACUCUUCUCUACGGAAUUGUUCAAGUUUACUCCCGUUAGGUCGUCACAUGCACAGAGGUUCAACGCAUAA